GUGUUUUAACAAACACUUUUAACUACACUGCUAGCAAUGCGACUUCAAAUGUUCAACAGGAGAUAGUAAAAUCCAGCUUGCUAUUUGGUUGUUUUAUGAUGCUAGGUCGUUUUGGUUUCUUCACUUAUACU